CUUUUUUUUGUUGGUUUUUUUUUCCCUAUAAAUUUAUCUGAGUUCUGAGAUCUGUCAGUUUUUAAUCGCCCCCUCACUUUAUUUUUUCCCCCACCUUUUUUCUUCUUAUCCUUUUCAUUUAAUCGCAUGGGAUAAAGCAGCAGUACUGUCUAAAGGUGUUGUCGCUUUGUUCUUGUAGUUCAUGGUUUUUCGGUCGGAUGAUUUUCACUUCAUUCUCCUUUCCUCUUUCUGCUUUCUUGAGGCAUGGGACUGCAAGUGAAGCCCAUGAUCAUGGGGGAUGAUCAGUUUGCCUCCUUGGCCGCAAAGCCUCGGGUGGUCGAGAGGGAGAUGAGAGAGCCGCAGAGGCCAAAGGCGCGGCCGAGCAAGGAGCAGCAGACCCUCCACUGCCCUCGGUGCAAGUCGACCAACACCAAAUUCUGCUACUACAACAACUACAGCCUCGCCCAGCCAAGAUACUUCUGCAAGACCUGCAAGAGGUACUGGACCGAGGGCGGGUCGCUGAGAAACGUCCCAGUGGGCGGCGGCUCAAGAAAAAACAAGAACAAGACCGUCACCGCCACGGGCGCUGCUGCGGCCGCCACCACCACCAGCAGCUCCAAGGCCAUUUGGCAAGAAAGCAGCAGCAAUAACUCUUACAAUCUCUCCGCCAUGGACUUGCUCAAGAGCAGUACGGCUGUGCCGGUGCCAUUGCCUGACUACGCCGGCACAGGAUUUGGAGGACUCAUGCAAGAGUUCAUGUUUCCUCUGGAAGAGCAGAACAAGGGACAAAGUGGUGAUCCUGCAAAUGGAUACUGGAGCGGAAUGCUCAUGGGAGGAGGCUCAUGGUAGAGAGGAUCGAUUAACUCUAGUAGAGCUGGCUCACUCUCAUCCUUCAGCUUAACUACUUCAAUUUAGCAUUGGCUGGCUUCAAGAGAUUGUCUGAUUAAUAAAGCAAUUCAAUGAAGGGGGUGAUUGUGUUGUGAUUGACAGCCAUUAGAGGAGGAGCCCUUUUUACAUGCUCCAAUUAUAUAUGCAUGUCUGCAUUGUUGAUCUUCAGAUUUGAUAUAGAUAUGCAUGUUUGUAUUGUAAUGAAUGAUUGAAUUGUUAUGCACUGAAUAUAAUGCUGGCUAUAUAGCUCUUUUCCUAUUCU